AGUUUUGCAAAAGAUACACUAUAACGGGCCGUGUUGUACGUGACGAGCUUGACGGUUUCGGUCAACCCGGUUGAUCCGAGCCGAACCGUGACAGCGGGACCGUAGACACGAAGAAGAAGAAGCUAAAGAAGAAUAAGUGCACGAGAAGAUUUAAUUUACCAUCUGUAAUUUCCAUCUUCAACACCUAUUUAUUUGGAUAUUUGAACUGGCUGCUGGAUGCAUUGAUUAUUUCCUCCUUCACGUGAAUUUGUAUUAUUACGUGUUUGUUGGCACGAGCGUGGACCUGUGAUUUGUAAAGAAGGAAAACUCGAAGGGAAGAAGAAAUGGACGGCUUCUCCUCCGACCGAAACAUCCUCUGCCUUUUUGAUGUGGACGGUACUUUGACAGCACCGAGAGAGAAAAUCGACCCCCAGUUGGAUGAGUUUUUCCAGACCCUGCGGAGGAAAGUGAAGAUCGGUAUCGUGGGAGGGUCCGACUACUCUAAGAUAGCUGAGCAGCUCGGGGAGGGGGAUGAUGUGAUACAAAAGUUUGACUAUGUCUUCGCUGAGAACGGCACAGUGCAAUACAAAGAUGGGAAACUCCUCUCAAAGCAUGCGAUACAGAACCAGAUCGGAGAGGAACUGCUGCAGGACCUCAUCAACUUCUGCCUCAGCUACAUGGGGCUCAUCAAACUGCCAAAGAAAAGGGGAACGUUCAUCGAGUUCAGGAAUGGAAUGCUCAACAUUUCCCCCGUUGGUCGCAGCUGCACGGCGGAGGAGCGAAUUGAGUUCUCUGAAAUCGACAAGAGAGAGAAGAUCAGGGAGAAAUUUGUCACUGCCCUGAAAGAGGAGUUUGCUGGAAAGGGACUACAGUUCACUAAAGGUGGUCUCAUCAGCUUUGACGUUUUUCCAGAGGGCUGGGACAAGAGACUGUGUUUAGAGCUGCUGGACCGCGAAGGCCUAAACUCCAUCUAUUUCUUUGGCAACGAGACGUCGGAUGGCGGAAACGACUACGAAAUUUUCAACGACCCACGGACCAUCGGUUUCACGGUCUACUCUCCGGAGGACACGGCCAGGUUCUGUCGGGAGCUUUUCUUUGAUGCUCCACCACAUGAGCCCUGAUGCCCCCCUCCCCCCUGCCCCGCUUCCUCUAACCCCUUUCCCCAACAACAACGAGCAACUCCAUCCCAGAUUACAACUGCUGAAAGGUACUACUGAUCAUCUCCAUGUCACUAAUAGGAUUACUCUGAAUACAAGUAGACAGCAGCAGGGUGAUUUUACUAAAUGUGUGCAAUAAAUCCAGCAGUUUUUUGGUUUUGUUUGACAGAAACGGAGCAAGUGUGUGAAUGCUUUCUGUACAGUGCCAGUGUAACAGCACCGCAAUGUGUAGCAUGUGACGUGAAAUUAGCUCAAAAACUUAAGAGAGAUUCUAAAAUAUUCAGCCGUGUUGGAAAUUAUUACUCCAGAAUCUUUUAAGAGCAUAGAAGGAUGUUUUGCACUAAUGUUGUUAUAUUUUCAUACCAAUCGUUGGUGUGCUGUAGUCUUGUUGAACACCACUGAAGAAGGUGACAAAAGUGACGGAGAAGGCCGGAGAGGAAACAUUUACUCAUUUUGUGAGUCCACAUUGAAAAUGAGAUGACGUGGGUCUUUCUUCCUCUACAGUUGGGGAUAUAUGAAUCAUUCCAGGUAUUUUAAUAUGUGAUGUUUUGUUUAUUUACUGUGUAAUCCCUUAAAUAUCAAGUGUCUGUUUUUAAAAUGUAUCAGAUUACGUUUUAAAAACUGAACAUUACUGACUCAAUGAAUUCAUCUUAACCAGUGAAUGAAGCUACUGUGACCAAGUCACUCUGCAAACCUUUUUGUCAGUUGAUAUGACAGUUUUUUUAUGUAAAAUAUUUUUACGAGUUGCGUCGUGGUGAAUGUAUGUAUUAUUGAUGCUUAUUGAUAAUCUCUUCCGGAGUCAUGCCGUUUUUAACAGAUGCCUCAAGGGUUUUAUAAGUAACUUUUAAAACACGGAGACUUUGGUUUUCCCAUGAGGGGUCAAUGUUCUGUCAUGGUUCAGAAACAUAACGCCACCUGGAUGGAUCGUUGUUGUAAAUAGGAUAAAUCAUAUACAGUAUAUGCUGCAGUUCUGUGUCUGACUGUAAACACUACUCCAACAACAGACUAAAAGGAUCAUGUAGACUUCUAUGCACACCAGAGAUCAGCUUUUAAUGUGUCACUAACUGAUUAAAAAGAUCGGUCUUGUCGUUUUUCUGUCAUUUAUGGAUAAAAAAAAAAGAGUUUUUCUAAAUUCAUGGUAAUAAAACCUUUUUGAUAUCAUGUCACCAA